UGUCCUUUUUAUCCCUUGGCCUCAAAGGAAGAAGUCCAGUGUUUUUCUCCGUAGAAAUACGCUUCACUGUGAUGCUGUUGCUGUGUUCUCUUCUUCGUACAUUAGGAAGCUUUCCUCCCUCACGACUCGACCACCGUCCUGGCCCACGAUAGCUCCCCUAGUUACUUUAUUAACUCCUGCUUAUAUUUAAGCUCGCAUCAAAAUUUUUCUCGGGCUGUCAAAGUAUUUUGAUAUCGUUUUUCAUCUUUCAGAUCCUUUGUAGAUAACUGGAUAUUCGAAACGUUAUCGAGGUUUGUCAAUUCUGCUUCCUUGUAGCUUUGCAGCAACAAUUGAUCGGAUGCUGCAGCCUCUUCGCACGGCUUGCUGCAUUUUCGGCAUGUGGGGAAAUUCAACAUACAAACGGACCUCAUCAAGAGAUUAUACAAAUGUAGUGGAUGUAGAAGAUAAUUCAGCUCUUGUACAAAACAAUGAGGAUCCAGAAGCUUCGAAUCCUUCAUGGAGGCUUUCUCUUCCACAUAUACUGGUGGCAACCAUAUCAUCCUUCUUAUUUGGCUACCACAUAGGUGUGGUGAAUGAACCACUUGAAAGCAUCUCAUCGGAUCUUGGAUUCAAUGGAAAUACCUUGGCAGAAGGCCUGGUGGUUAGCACAUGUUUGGGUGGUGCCUUGAUUGGAUCCUUGUUUAGCGGAUGGAUUGCUGAUGGGUUUGGGCGCCGUAGGGCUUUUCAGUUGUGUGCUUUGCCCAUGGUUAUUGGUGCUUCUAUAAGUGCAACAGCAACAAAUUUAGCUGCUAUGCUUUUUGGAAGAUUACUAGUAGGGAUGGGAAUUGGUGUUGGGCCCCCUGUAGCAUCUCUUUAUGUGACAGAGGUUUCUCCUGCUUUUAUAAGGGGCACUUAUGGAAGCUUCAUCCAGAUUGGAAACUGUAUUGGACUUAUGGGGGCUCUGUUCAUUGGAAUCCCUGUCAGAGAAAUUGCAGGCUGGUGGCGCAUCUGUUUUUGGGUAUCUGCAAUUCCUGCUGGAAUACUUGCACUUGCCAUGGGGUUCUGUGCAGAGAGUCCACAUUGGUUAUACAAGCAAGGAAGAAGCGCUGAAGCUGAAAUUGAAUUUGAGAAGCUUUUAGGUAAAGGACUCGUCAAAUUUGCAAUGCACGAGUUAUCCAAAUUAGACAGAGGGGAUGACACCGACACUGUGAAGCUCUCCGAAUUGUUUUAUGGUCGCCAUUUUAGAGUUGUUUUUAUUGGAUCAACCCUAUUUGCUUUACAACAGCUCUCUGGUAUAAAUGCUGUGUUUUAUUUCUCUUCAACUGUAUUUAAAAGUGCGGGAGUACCGUCAGACCUGGCAAAUGUCUUUGUCGGAAUUGCAAAUCUAUCAGGAUCUAUUGGUGCAAUGGUGUUGAUGGAUAAACUAGGAAGAAAGGUGUUGCUUCUGGGGAGCUUUUUUGGAAUGGCAAUAUCCAUGGGCUUUCAAGUUGCUGGAGCAAGUUCUUAUGUGUUAGGAUCUGGAGCUUUGUACCUGUCUGUUGGUGGCAUGCUUAUGUAUGUCUUCACAUUUGCUUUAGGAGCUGGUCCAGUUCCAGGUCUACUCCUACCAGAGAUUUUCCCCAAUCGAAUCAGGGCAAAAGCUAUGGCAGUCUGUAUGUCAGUGCACUGGGUGAUCAAUUUCUUUGUGGGCUUGCUAUUUUUGCCAUUGCUGAAGCAACUUGGACCACAGCUAUUGUACACCAUAUUUGCCACAUUUUGCAUGAUUGCAGUAGUUUUUGUGAAGAGGAAUGUUAUGGAAACAAAGGGAAAAUCACUACAAGAAAUCGAGAUAGCUCUCCUCCCCCCAGAAUAGAGAUUUCAUCUCUUUUAAAUAUGUCCCUCAGUGGACUAUACACCGGUAGAGUGAAGUUUAGCUGAUGUAGCUUAAGCAUCAGUCGUCUCAUAUUGCGAAAAGUAUUCAUAUGCUGCAUCCCAAGGGAAGAAACAUGCUCUAGAGUAGCUUUAAGCAUAAAUCUGAAUUGCAGAACAUGUUCAUGAGCUGGGGAAUCUGAAGGUAGAGUAAGAAUGAUAUGCUUGAGCAGUGGCUUGUUUGUGACCAACUCUGUUGAGCAGGCGAGUGCCUUUUAUGGAGUUCUACGGGACAGGCUUUCACUUUAGUAGGCAAAUAUCUAGAACUUGGGUUUUGUACCCUCGACUGUGUACCUUCCUGAAAAUUAUUAGUGUAUUAUGGAAGUUGUUAAUUUUCCUUUUUAUUCCCAAUGGGACAUGCAAAUCUCAGAAUUUGCAGUACCAUGACGAGCGAGAUAAGAAUUGCAAUAAUUUCUUCCAUUUCAUUAAAA